AGGUGGGGGCUGGUCCACAGCUGUUGUAGUAGGCAGGGUCUAUUGGGGUAGGAAGCCUGGCUCACUCGCCCUGGAACAAUGGGAGACAUGGCAGCCUCUGCAGACAGCACAGACCCACACACAAUGCACAUGCCCAAGGACGGGCCUUUCUCUAGCUGAAGUGCAGAGGAAACCGGCUUCCUCGCUACGCUCGCAGGGUGACGGCACUUUUACCAGGGAGGAAAAUAAUCUCCUCCGCAACCGUAAAACAGAAAUGUAAGGUUGUCGCUCUUUUUUUUCCGCUUCUUCUGGUGCCUUACGUUUUUUCGAUCUGCUGUGAGGAGAGCUCUGGAUGCGCUGACUGGAUGACUGAAAAGGCAGCAGGAGGAAGCUCCUUGGUGUUGUUGUUGGGCGAUAGAGACAGGAGACGGACUCCUCUUCAAGGAUCAUAACCAGAGCUGAAACCACAGAUGAGAACAAUGUCUGAUGAGACAGAACAGAGGAUGUGUGAUGAAGACUUUGGCUCGGACGAGGAGGGAGAGGAGGGAGACGUGGAGUCGUUCCUGGAGGACAACAGCAGCGAGCUCGUGGACCGGCUGAGGGAGCUGGAGGCAGAAAACUCUGCUCUGAUGUUGGCCAAUGAGAGUCAGAGAGAGGCUUAUGAGAGAUGCUUGGAUGAGGUGGCCAACCACGUGGUCCAAGCUCUGCUGAAUCAAAAGGAUCUGAGAGAGGAGUGCAUCAAGCUGAAGAUGCUGGUGUUUGACCUGGAGAGACAGAACAGAGCGCUUUGUGAGCUCUUUCAGCAGAAACUGCCCAACCACCCCACUGCUCACUACCAGGUCCAGGCGGGACCCCUCCCAGACUACAAUGCACAGCUGCACAAUGACUCUGCAAAACAGGCGGAGCCUGCACAGACUGAAGCACAAGCCAAGGGAAAUGGCUACCGCACACAACAUGCCUCCCCGGGCCCUCGUGGCCCCGCCGCCUCCAUGGAGGCCCUGUCUCCCUUCUUCAAGAAAAAAGCACACAUCCUGGAGGUCCUUCGCAAGAUGGAGGAGACGGACCCCCUGAAGUUCCACCCGUCCACCACCAGCUUGUCUUUCUGCGACUACAGCCAGGUGCUCAUGUCCACAGAGGCUGUUUUGGCCACGGUGGACCCCCUUCCACUAGCGUGCAAAUCCCAGCACACACACUGCCACUGCGCCCGCUCCGACACUGACUCGCACCAGCACGUCAACGGCGACGGGGCGCUGAAGUGCGAGGGAGGGAAUACCUGCUGUUUACACUGCAAGAGGAGCCCGGACAGUCCUCCAAAGCCAUGCAACCACGUCUGUAGUCCUUUGAAAGGCACCUCGGCCAUGCAGAGCCUAGGAGCUCCUGCAGCUGCUAAAAGCGAAUGUCACAGUAAGAGCAGGAGAGCCGAGUCGGUCCCCCCACCUAAACAAUGCACCAAGAAUGAAGCCCACCAGCAACCGGCAGGCGCCGCCGCCGCCCACUCAUCCGUCCCAGAAACGGGUGACGGAUCAGCCGUGGAGGUGAUGGAAGUGGAGCAGGACAGCUCCGAGAGUUGUCCAAACGCUAGUGCCUCUGAAGAGCUCACUGGUUUCUGUCCCACCCCCCACCUGCCCAGUUCUGCACAGAUCUCCCACUGUGACAAUGAGGCCAGCGACGGCGUUCACAACGGCGUCGACAGCGCCACGUCCAACGACCCGUCAGCCGUCGCCGAGAAGGACGUCACCGAUCAGGACGCUUGUUCCGUGAGAGCCGGCGCCUCCGUCAGCCCCAGCGCGUCCUGCCUCAGCGACGUCAAAACCGCCGCCAUCAACUCGCCGUCCAAACUGCUCAAGUUCCUGAAGAUUCCCUCGAUAGGGGAGAAGUCUCAGCCUUCGGCGUCCGCCGUCCGCCUGAGCCCCCAACUCACCCGCAGCUCCAGGAUCCCCUGCCGCACCAACAACUACGAGGUGUACCACUCUCCUGUUCCCACGCGCAGAGCCACCACCACGGAACGGUGCAGGCAGCCCCCUCCCCCGCCCGCCAGGUCGGAGUCCUACCCCGCCACGCACUCGGCCCCAACCUCCCCUCCUCAGCCCGAAGACGUCUGCUCCCCGCCCGCCAAGGAAAUAAGCUACAGCAGCCUCUCUGCACCUAAAGCCAGCGCCGCUUCAAAGAUGGGCGCUCCCUCCUCCACGUCCUCCUCCUCCCCCAAAGUCUCUCGGAAGGUCCCUCAUUAUGAAAAUGUCUGUGUUAUGACUACCAACUCCAGAGUGGAGGAACCAACCCCGGGCCACGAGAAAAGAACCACGCUUCCAUCCCAAGCCAAGGCGAACGGCGGCGAGAGGAAGCUCGUCAAAUCGCUACCAGAAAGUGACCUCAACACUCCUCAACGAAAGCAGUCGUCUUCUUCCACGUCGGAGUCCUCGUCGGAUGACGAAGAGGAUUCUGACAGCCCGGUGUGGGUCAACCAUCACAGCCUGCCCAACACGUCCGCCCACGGCAAGGCCUUGCAGGGCAGAGCCAGCUACUCGGUAACCCGAGAGAAGCAGGAGGCGGAUGUGCGGGAGAUCACCGCGCCGAGCUGCGAGGUUGCCCAGGCGCCGCCUCCGCCGCCGGUCAGGAGGAGCGACUCCUCUUCGAUCCCCAAGAGGCCUGUGGCCGUGGCAGCGAGACCCCAGGCGGACUCCAGCCACCACGCUUUCAAAGACAGGCUGGCUGCACUGGGAAAGCUACGGAGCUCCGAGGAUUUACAAGUGGGUCUCAGGCCGGUCGACGCGGCGAAUGAGGGCACCUACGGGGACGAGAGGAGUAAGACAGCGGAGAGGCCCAUGGAGCUCCACAAAGAGGAGCAGAGACAUUCAAAAUACACGGACUCUUUGGAUGGCAAACCCAAAGUGAGCAGUGUCGGCUUGAAGUACACGGGCAUGUCUCAGCUUCACGAACAGGCUGUAAAGUCUCCGGGUGCUGCGGUGGUUAAACAGGAGCUGUGUGUUACCAAGACCGAAGUCUCCAAGAGUAAAAUCGGUCUGCCGUCCCCCAACGCAGACGCUCCGCAGGUACUACGCAACAACAUUAAGUGUCCUGGCUCCCUGAAUCUGACCCAUAACCUUAAACCAGUUGUUGGUCCUCACAGUAGCAACAGCCCCAACAAAAUCCCCCCAAAGUCGCCGUCCAAGCCUUGCCAGGGCCCGUCCGUCCACAGAGGCGGGAAGCCCGCAGAGGCCCCGCGCUACUCGUCCAAAUCCGAGGAGCGGACCAAGAUCGGCGGGAAAGGGAAAAAGAAUCCGAUGUACGGAGACAGCCUGCCCCCUCCUCCUCCGAGACCUCCGGCGUCGGAGGCGGAGAAGCCGCUGCCGCCGGCCCCCAGCCCGCAGUCGGCCAUCGAGCAGAAGGUGAUGAAGGGCAUCGAGGAGAACAUGCUGAAGCUCCAGGAGCAGGACAGAGGGGGCCCGGGCGGCGAGGUCAAGCAGAAAGCCUCCAACGGCAUCGCCAGCUGGUUCGGCCUGAAGAAGAGCAAACUGCCCGCGCUGAGCCGCAAGAUGGACGCCACCAAAGCAAAAGAGGAGAAGAAGGAGUGGAGGAUCAACAUCCCGUCGGUGGGCCGGGACUCUGGGAAGGUGGCCGGCAGGUGUAAAGAAGGAGUGGAGGGCCUGAACAUCUCGACUCUGAUGGAGAAGGCGGAGGGGUUGCGGCGGGCACUGGAGGAGGAGCGGGCGUACGUGGAGCGCUCUGGGAGGGGCCACUCCUGCGAGGUGGUGAUGGACCCCACCCAGGGACAGCUGGCUGUCAUGUACAGGGGGGAGCGCUCGGACAACUUCAUGCAACAGCUGCUCAACAGAGUGGAUGGGAAGGACGUGAUCAGCGUGCCGCAGCGCCGGCUCUCCUUCGACUGUAAGAGCUCCAAGCCGCUGUUCAGUCAGCAGGGCGACGUCAUCAGUCACAUGGCCAGUCGGGACGAUAUGGAGAAGGGAUCAGACCGAAUCGGCAAGAUCACAUCAGACGAAAACCUCGCCGAUUCAGUUCACGCUCAACACUUCGCAGGUUCCGGGGCGUCCACGUACACUCUGGACAGCGGCAUCGGGACCUUCCCCCUGCCCGACUGCAGCAGUGGCGCCGCAGGACGCGGCCUGUCCAAGACGAGGGCCGGGGCCGAGCGCCACUCCUCGGGCUCCCCGGGGAGGGCCGGGCGGCGCGCCCGCACCCUGGACCGAGAGCCCACGUCGCAGGACGAGUGCUACGCGCCUCACAAACAGCUGAUCCCCACCAUUCAGUACGGCUCGGUGCUGGAGGGAAGAAGCUCGGCCGGCGUCAUCCGUGAAGACAAAGAGGCCCACGGAGCCAACAUGUUCUCCCCCCGCUCCAAGACCUGGACCUUCCCCAACCUGAAGACUCCGGCGGGCCCAGCAGAGGUUUACCUGGCGGUGGAGGAGGAAGAGGAGGAGGCCGUUUCUUUUGGAUCUCCAUUCCGAGGGAGCGUGAAGGCCAGCGGCCCCUCCUCCAGCCGGGUGGUGGACCCAGGCAGCUUGCCCGUCCCCGUCCAGUCAGGGAUGAGCCGCAGGGGGAAGACUCGCACCCCCAGCGUCCCCGAGGUGAGCCGCGAGGCCGGGCUGGAGCUGCUCAGGGAGCGGCCGGAGGAGGCCCUCUCCCCGAGCCGCCCUCAGGUCCUGGAGACCCCCGAGUCCCUCAGCGAUUCUCUGUACGACAGUCUGUCGUCCUGCGGCAGCCAAGGAUGAUCCGGCCAACAAAAAAAAAUAAAAACCGGGAGAGGAGAGAGAGGAGCUCAUCUAGUCCGCAGACAAUAAAGAGCCGGCACCGCUCGGAACUCGACUGGGAUGCUUUUGAGGAAAAAGAAACUGAGCCCUGUCCGCAAGAAUAUGGUGGCGAUGGAUGCUUUUCUCAUCAGGUGUCUCUCUGUUGCAACUGGAAAGCCGCAUCGAUAAGACUUCUCCUCAGGAUCUCAAAAAUAAACACGAAGCCAAAAGCCACCCCAAAUAAGAUAGGUUGUUCACUUUUUUUUUUUUUUCUUUCCCACAAUCAAUCAGACUUUGACUGUGGACAGUCUUUAAUUCAUGUAUACAGGACUACAAAACGCAUGGCUAAGCUAAUGAUUAGCACAACAGUUGUCACUCCUGGUGGUUGUUCAGCGACGUUGUCUUUUAGUUUGAAGUCAUCCAUCGAGGAAGAGCAGAUCACUGCAACAGCUGAUGAUCUGGAUCAAUACAUCCAUUCUGUUCCCGGAUAGCAUUUCGCCACAAUGUAUUUGAGGGGGGGGAACCAAACAUGAAGCACCCUUAAAAAAAAAAACAAGUUCAUGUCUGUGAUUCUUUAUUGCUAAACUCAUGCAUCGCAAUUUUAAAUGUACAAACGAUUUUAUCGAUCAUGUUGAUAUUGUUUUGCGACCGCGGAUGGGUCAUCAGAAUAAGUCUGUUUUUAAAAUCCUAAUACAUUUAAAGGUAAUAUAUACCAGCAAUAAUAACAUAAGAGAAAUGGCUACACUAUUCAAUGAAUAUGUAUUUCUAUUAUUUAUUUAUUUUUAAAUGUACAUCAUUUGCAGUCAUCUUUUUUUUUUUUUUAUCUUUCUGUGAAAAUUGCAGUCUUCCCCUGCUUGGUAGAUUAUGUUCAUAUCUUGUGUUCCAACAUCUGUUGCUGUCCGUUCCCUAGCCAGUAGAGGUCCUAUGUACCUACUGCCGUUUUACAACUUUCUAAUAAAAAAUGUUUUGAUUUA